UGAGUUGUUCUUCUUGGAGGACAUUUUGUAUACCUGUUGGCCUGGAUGAGUCUUCAUCACCUGAGUUAGAAGUGUACAACAGUGAUGAUGAGGAUGCUCCUCCUGGAGAGCUUCUUGAAAAACCACUGAGUAGUGAUGAGAGCCGACCCUUGGUGAAGGUGGUUCGAUGAGGGCAGGGAGUGGCGUCGGGACGCUAGGGCCUGAACAAGAAGUGGUUCCUGACAGGCUUCUAGGAUGGCAGUCCUCAAAAGGGAGAAGAUCUAAGACUAGUUGUAAGGUCGCAUGAUGAGGACGUCAUGUGCUUGGGGGGGAGGGAAAUGUAAUACCUCAAGAGCCCAGAGAAGGGUAGUAUAUAUUGAGGAUAAGUAAGAAAGGAAAUAACACCAGCUGAAUAUCUUUUGGGUUGAAUAUAGACAAAGAACUCUCGGGUUAAGCGUGCUUGAACUGGGGAAGCUUAAGGAUGGGUGACCUCCUGGGAAGUUCGCGUAGGCUCAUCAGGCUGAAGGCUUUGCUUGUUGAUUCUGAAAGAGAGAGACUUAUCAAGAAACUGAGUGAAGCCAAUCAACAGAAUCGGUUCCUCAAGAGACAGUUGUACGAUAAGGAGGGUGCAUUGGUUAAUUUCAAAAGUGAACUUGCUGUCACGGAAUUAGAGGUUCAGGCUUUGGUUGCACUAGCAGAAGAAAUUGCUAAAUAUGGCAUUCCAGAAGGUUCAAGAAAGAUUAAUGGGAAAUACAUUCAGUCUCACCUUCACUCUCGGUUAGAAGCUGUACAUGAAAAGUUGAAGGAACAGAUAAAGGAUGUUGAAGCUGCAAAAUCCAAGGAGGUGCACUUAUUUUGGCGCGGUAUGGCUGAGAGUGUUCAAGUAAUGGGCACCUUUGAUGGAUGGAGUCAAGGAGAGCACCUAUCAGCAGAGUAUACUGGUUCUUUCACAGAGUUCUCCACAACAUUGAUGCUGAGACCUGGAAGAUAUGAAAUCAAGUUCUUGGUGGAUGGAGAGUGGCAGCUCUCACCAGAAUUCCCUACUGUAGGGGAGGGGCUGACAGAAAAUAACUUGCUGAUUGUGGAAUAACUUCACGUUCGAUGAUCUAUGUACAAUGUUCAGAGCAUUUGAUAUUACGCAUGUCAGACCUGUUAUGUGGGGAUAGACCACAAUUAUUUAAAUAAUUAUUAGAUUAUCUUUUUAAUAAAAAAAAUAAAUUAUUUGUAUUUUUUUUUUAAUUAUUUUUGUUAUUUGGACAUGGACAUAUAUACAAUCUUGGUUUGUGAUGCAUUAAUAUACUAAUUUUAGCUAUA